UCCUAAGGCUAUGGAUAAGCCAACGACUUCAGGAUCACUGCCGAGUUCGAACUCUUCAACCUCUUCAUCCUCUGGGUGGCAGAAGGCAGGAGUGCUACAGCAACAGAAGACCCAAGGAAAUACCGGGUGGGGCUGUCGGCAAGGUCCCCAUCCUACUAAAGCUAUGGAUAAGCCAACAACUUCAGGAUCACUGCCGAGUUCGAACUCUUCAACCUCUUCAUCCUCUGGGUGGCAGAAGGCAGGAGUGCUACAGCAGAGGACCCAAGGAUCUCAAAGAUUGAACAGUCAGCAAGGCAGUUGCCACGAGCGUGUACAGGAUCAAUCGAGGAACUAUCCUCAGCAGAUGGUCCCCAUCCCCAUAAGUCCCCAACCUACUAAGCUAACAACUUCAGGAUCACUGCCGAGUUCGAACUCUUCAACCUCUUCAUCCUCUGGGUGGCAGAAGGCAGGAGUGCCACAGCAGAGGACCCAAGAAUCCCAAAGAUGGAAUGGUCAGCAGGGCAGUAGCCACAAGCGUGUACAGGAUCAACCGAGGAACUAUCCUCAACAUCCACAGGGACAGCAGAUGCAACAUCCACAGAGACAGCAGAUGCAACAUCCACAGGGACAGCAGAUGCAACAUCCACAGAGACAGCAGAUGCAACAUCCACAGGGACAGCAGAUGCAACAUCCACAGAGACAGCAGAUGCAAUAUCCACAGGGACAGCAAAUGCAAUAUCCACAGGGACAGCAGAUGCAACAUCCACAGGGACAGCAGAUGCAACAUCCACAGGGACAGCAGAUGCAACAUCCACAGGGACAGCAGAUGCAACAUCCACAGGGACAGCAGAUGCAACAUCCACAGGGAGAGCAGAUGCAACAUCCACAGGGACAGCAGAUGCAACAUCCACAGGGACAGCAGAUGCAACAUCCACAGGGACAGCAGAUGCAAAAUCCACAGAGACAGCAGAUGCAACAUCCACAGGGACAGCAGAUGCAAUAUCCACAGGGACAGCAGAUGCAACAUCCACAGGGACAGCAGAUGCAACAUCCACAGGGACAGCAGAUGCAACAUCCACAGGGACAGCAGAUGCAACAUCCACAGGGACAGCAGAUGCAAAAUCCACAGGGACAGCAGAUGCAACAUUCACAGAGACAGCAGAUGCAACAUCGACAGGGAGAGCAGAUGCAACAUCCACAGGAACAGCAGAUGCAACAUCCACAGGGACAGCAGAUGCUACAUCCACAGGGACAGCAGAUGCAACAUCCACAGGGACAGCAGCAGCAACGUCCACAAGUACAGCAACAGAGGCAACAAUAUGACUACCAGUCCAAUGGACCAGUUCCAAAGAAUGGCUCUUCGGCACUUCCCCUUGGACCACAGGAUCAAAAACAACAAGAUACACCGAAAGGACUACCUCAACGAGUUCCGAUUGGCCCACUUCCAUCGCAGCCUGCUGGCAUUAUAAAACGGGGCACGAUCGGAAAACCCGGCCAGGUGGCUGUUAAUUACCUGGACAUAAACAUGGAUAAAAUGCCAGAAAUAGCCUUCCACUAUGACGUCAAGAUAGAACCAGAGCGGCCUAAGAAGUUCUGGAGACGGGCUUUUGAGCAGUUUCGCGUCAAUCAAUUGGGAGGAGCGAUUGCUGCCUAUGAUGGCAGAGCCUCUUGCUACUCGGUGGACAGGCUAAACACCAAAUCGAGCAAUGGGGAAGUGACUGUCAUAGAUAUUUAUGGUCGUUCGAUUCGAUAUACUGUGGAAAUCAAGGAGACUAAUGACCUUCAGGUUGAUCUAAAGUCUUUAAGAAGCUACAUGUCUGAGCGGAUUUUCGACAAACCUAUGCGGGCCAUGCAGUGCCUGGAGGUAGUAAUGGCUGUUCCUUGCCAUAAGAAGGCCAUUCGGUCUGGGCGCUCCUUCUUCAAGAUGUCUGCGCCGGGUCAACGUCGGGAGCUGGAAGAUGGCUAUGAGGCUCUGGUCGGCCUCUAUCAGGCCUUUAUUCUGGGCGAUCGACCCUUUUUUAAUGUUGACAUUUCGCACAAGUCCUUUCCGAUGGAAAUGUCGGUGCUUGAGUACCUGGAACGAUUUGCGCUGAGGCAGAGAAUCAAUCAGAGCACCGAUCUUGGCCAAUUGCGUGGCAACAUCGAGUCGUUCCUAAAAGGCCUCAGCGUGAUUUAUACGCCACCGAAAUGUUUCGAUUCGUUGCCCCAUUGCUGGAAAAUUAAUGGACUUUCGCGGGACCCGGCCAGCAAGCAGACUUUUCAGCUGGAGGGCAAAGUGCUUACAAUUGCAGACUAUUUUAGGUCUCGCAACUUCAAGUUGCAGUUCCCCCAACUUCAUUGCCUGCACGUUGGGCCUCCGGUGAAAAAUAUAAUGGUGCCCAUUGAGCUGUGCCACAUCGAGGGAGGACAGGCCUUGAAUCGCAAGGAUGGAGCCACUCAAGUGUCGAACAUGAUCAAAUUUGCCGCCACCUCGACCAAUGAGCGCAAGGCCAAGAUCAUGGACCUACUGAAGUUCUUUGAGCACAACUUGGACCCGACUAUCAGCCGAUUUGGCAUUCGCAUUGCCAACGAUUUCAUUACGGUACACACCCGCACUCUCGUGCCGCCGCAGGUGGAAUACCAGGGCAAAAAGUGUUGCUCGGUUAGGAACGGAUCAUGGCGCAUGGACAAUAUGCGCUUCCUAGAGCCCAAGGCGAAGGCGCACAAGUGGGCCAUCUUGUACUUUGAUCCGCCGUUCGGGCGUAAGAUGCCGUACAAUCAGGUGGCCGAUUUUGAGCAGAGAAUGCUGGCCCAAAGCAAGACCGUGAACGUGAGCUUGGACAAAAAGGCUGAAAUAUGGGCCUAUAGAGACGAGCGUAAGCUAGACCAGUGCUUCCUAGAUCUUCGGGGCCAAUGCGAUCUAGCCUUCGUGAUCAUACCACAGCACGGAGUCACGUACAGCACCAUUAAGCAAAAGGCCGAACUGCAGCACGGCAUUUUGACGCAGUGCAUCAAGCAGUUCACCGUCGAGCGCAAGCUGAAUCCUCAGACCAUUGGCAACAUCCUGCUGAAGGUCAAUUCAAAGCUGAAUGGCAUUAACCAUAAGCUAAAGGACGAUCCCCGCCAGCCGAUGCUCAAGAACGCCAUGUUCCUGGGCGCCGAUGUUAGCCAUCCGUCGCCCGAUCAACGCGAGAUCCCCAGCGUGGUGGGCGUGGCUGCUUCGCACGAUCGCUUUGGCGGUGCCUAUAACAUGCAGUAUCGCCUGCAGCGCUCGACCCUGGAGGAGAUUGAGGAUAUGGAAGCGAUCACAUUGGAACAUCUGCGAGUGUACCAGAAGUAUCAUAAUGAAUAUCCCGACUACAUUAUCUACUAUCGCGAUGGUGUGAGUGACGGCCAGUUUCCGAAAAUCAAAAACGAGGAGAUUAGAGGCAUAAAAGCAGCCUGUCGACAGAUCGGCAUUAGACCGCAGAUUUGCUGCAUAAUAGUGGUGAAGCGUCACCAUACUCGAUUCUUUCCCAUGGGCCAACCAUCACAGUACAACAAGUUCAAUAACGUGGACCCCGGAACAGUAGUGGACCGCACCAUUGUCCAUCCGAACGAAGUGCAGUUCUUUAUGGUCAGCCACCAGUCCAUCCAGGGCACUGCAAAGCCGACGCGCUAUAAUGUUAUCGAGAACACGGGCAAACUGGACAUCGACCUCUUGCAGCAGUUAACCUUCAACCUCUGCCACAUGUUCCCGCGCUGCACUCGAUCGGUUUCGUAUCCAGCGCCGGCCUACCUUGCCCACCUGGUGGCUGCCCGAGGACGUCAUUAUCUUUCGGGCACUGAACGGUUUCAGGACUUGAAAAGGGAGUACAACAAGCGCAAGAUUGUGGCGGAAUUUAUGAACACCAAUCCGAUGUUCUUUGUAUAAAGAACACGGUUCCACCUAUCCCGAUCCUGAAUUUUCAUUAACUUACUAUAAUUUUUACACACUGGUCUUUCGCUGUUUUAAUAAAUAUAAAU